AUGACACCGAAAGAUAACAAAAUUUACUUGUCAGAAUCCAUCAGUGAUUUUGAUGAAAAAAAGUUUGAACCUUAUGGAACAGACCAAAACAAGAAGCGGAUACAAGACGAUAUCGAAAAAUGCCAUUAUGGUAUAUUUAUGUUUGUCGUGAGAAAUGAUUUUCUAUUCAUUUUGAUGGCAUGCCUUUGUAUGUGUGUUUCUUCUGUGGGAAUUCCAUUGCAGACCAUAAUUUAUGGCAAGGUAUUUGGUAAGCUAAGCGAUUUCUAUAAAAAUGAGUAUUCAGAGCUUGAUGUUUUCAUGUCGGAUGUGAGAUUGUUGUGUGGAUUAAUAAUGUUGAUAGGAUUCGUAAAAAUGGUUGUUACAUGGGUAGGGAUCAUUGCGUGGAUGAAAUUUGGAGAGAAACAAUCUACUCGGGCACGAACCAGAACGUUGAAUCUGAUGUUAAGUAAAAAUAUUGCAUGGUUUGAAAGUAACGAAAAUCUCAUGGGAGAAAUCUCCCAGACUAAUAGGUGUAUUGAAGAAUUACGGUGCGGUACAUCAGAGGUAGUAGGGUUAUUAGUUCAAACUAUAGCUUCAAUAAUAGCCCUUUUUGUUACUGCGAUGGUUCUGUCUUGGUCCUUAACAUUAGUAAUUAUGGCUAGCGCUCCUCUUAUGGGGUUAUUUGGCUGGCUCUUUGGUAGAUUAACUUAUGAGGCUGCAGAUUUGGAGAAUGAAUUAACUGCACAGGCUUCAAAGAUAUUGGAUUGGUCUUUAGUUUGCGGUGCUGAGAUAAGAAUAUUCAAUGGAAAGUAUUAUGAAAUGGCCAAGUUCAAUAAACUUGUGGAACUAUCAGCAAGUGCAUAUUACAAGCUAGCUAAUGCUAUAGCGUGUAAUACGGGCAUGUUAAAAUGUUUAACCUUGUUGAUGUUUGUGCAAGGCUUUUGGUUUGGAAAUUACAUGAUUAGCAUCGGCAAAUUAAAAAUAAAUGAUGUAUUUACUUGCUUCAGUUCAUGUCUUAUGUUAGGUUCAGAGAUUUCAGAAAUCUCUAUAUUAUUAGCGACUUUGAAUAAAGCACAAGCCGCGUCAUUCAAAAUUGCCAAGGCAAUUGAAAGUAAUGAAAGUCUCAAUGAUUCGGGUAUUUAUCCACCUCUGUGUGAAGGUGUAAUUGAAUUGGAAAAUAUUAGCUUCAAAUAUCUGUCUAGACCUGAAAAGGUUUUGAAAGAUGUGAGUAUUUCAUUCAAAUCAAAAGAAAUGAAUUUUAUUAUAGGGCCAUCAGGGUCAGGAAAAUCUACGAUAUCCCAAUUGCUAUUAAAGUUUUACCAACCCCAGAGUGGUAUAAUUAGAAUUGAUGGACUUAAUAUUUCCAAUUUGAGCACAAAAUGGCUUACGGAUAAUAUUACGUUGGUACAACAAGAUCCAGUAAUUUUCAAUGAAUCAAUAAGGAAUAAUAUUGGUAUGGCAACAGUUAAUAAAUUUGUCUCCCUUAGUGAUAUUCCUGAUUUGCUAAUCGAGGACGCUGCAACAUUUGCCUUGUUAGGUAGUGUAAUAGAAGAUUCUCGUGAUGGUAUUAAUACAGUUGUUUCUCUGACCAGCCUAUCUGGGGGUCAAUUGCAACGGAUUGCAAUUGCAAGAGCAAGAAUAAGUGAUACUCCGAUUUUGAUUUUAGACGAAGCUUUAUGCGCAUUGGACAUUAAGCAUAAACAAUUAAUACUUAAGAAUAUCAAAGAUUGGAGAAAAGGAAAAACUACUAUAAUAAUUACUCAUGAAUUUGAUCAGAUAAGUGAUGAUGACUAUGUAAUUUUAAUGGAAGGUGGAAAUGUUAAGAAUAAAGGAUAUAUGUUCGAGCUAACUCAUGAGGAUUUAAUACUUGAGGAUAGAUCUGGAUUAAAUAAUAAGUCUCAUGUUAAUUGUAGAUGUUCUUCGAGAUUAUAUAAAGCGGGCACUACCAAGCAUGAUUCGAUGACCUACCAUUAUCUAAAGAACCCGGCUGUAUUGAAAGAUCUUGAGAAAUGCUCCGAGUUAAGUUACACAACAGAUAGAAGACCAUCGGAGCUACUAUCAGUUUUAUCAAUAUUACAAUAUUGUAAAAAGACAAUUGAUAAUAAGACGUUGAUUAUUUUUGGAAUAAUUUUAUCAGUAAUUGGAGGUGCUACAAGUCCUAUAUUUUCCUACUGCUUUUCUAAAAUUUUAGUCACUAUGGUUAACGCUUCUAUUGGAAUGAAUAUAAAAAGGGAGUUGAUAAUGUGGUCUUGUAUAGUUGUGGGAAUUUCCGUAGGAAGUGGUAUAAUCCUUUAUUUAUCACUGUUUACAAUGUCUUAUGCUAGCGAGAGGUGGAUUGUCAAUCUUAGAAAGUUAGUUUUUAAGAAAUUAAAUGAGCAAGAGGUAUCUUAUUUUGACUCAGAAACUACUCAAGCAUCAGAAUUGACCGCUUUAUUAAUGAAUGACGCUAGAGAUUUAAGAAGCUUGGUAUCUGAAUUUGUAAUUAUUGCUACCAAUCUAAUUGCAAUGCUUUCAAUAGGAGUUAUAUGGUCAGUAAUAACAGGAUGGAAGCUAGCUUUGGUUGGUGUUUCGUUCGUUCCAUUAAUUUUAAUUAUUACACAUGCUUACUCAUUUGUAUUAGAAUUAUCUGAGAAUAACUACAAAACAAAGGUUUCUAUUUUAGAAAACUAUAAUCAUGAAAUUGUGAGUGGAAUAAAAUUAAUAAAAACACUUAAUCUAAAUAAAUUUUUCUUUAAAGAGUUUGUGCUAAAGUUGAACGAAGUCAACAAAGUAGGAUCUUUAAGAGCUGUGUGUACUGGCUUUGGCAUUUCAUUAUCUGAUUUAUGUACUUCGUUGGCUACAGGUACUAUAUUAUAUUAUGGUAUGGAAUUAGCUGGGAAAAGAGAAUACUCGCAAUCACAAUUGAUUCAGGUAAUAACAGUUCUUUCAUUUUCAAUGACCAAUGCAGCAAGUCUAUUAACCGAAUUACCCGAUAUUGCAAGAGGACAGAGAGCAGGUACUUAUAUUAUUAACCUUUUGAAGCUAAAACCAUCAGGAGUUGAAAAUGACGGUAGUAUUAAGCCAUACAAACUAUGUGAUGAUAGAGUGAUUCGCUUCCAAAAUGUUGAUUUCCAAUAUCCUAAUACACGAAACCCGACACAAUUAGUCUUGAGUAAACUUUCAUUCUAUGUUAAUAAAGACGAAGUUGUUGCUAUCACCGGAGAAUCAGGCUCAGGAAAGUCAACCAUUGGCGCAUUAUUGUCGAGGCUAUACAGAGUUACGGAUAGAUCCAUAUUUGUAACCAACUAUGAUAUUAAUAAGCUAGAUAUUGAUUGGCUAAGAGAUACAAUAUCUGUUGUCACCCAGGUUCCAAAGUUCUUUGAAGGUACGAUUUAUGACAAUUUAGUCUAUGGAAUGGAAAGGAGUAAGAUAUUAUCAGUUAGAAUUGAUCAUUGUUUAAAAUUGGCUAACAUUUAUCCAUUUAUAAUCUCAUUGCCAGAAGGAAUACAUACACGGCUAGGUGAAGGUCAACAUUCUUUAAUAUCUGGUGGUCAAUUGCAAAGGUUAUCUGUAGCAAGGGCAUUGAUUAGGAAACCAAAAAUAUUGAUAAUGGAUGAGUGUACCUCUAAUUUAGAUCCUCAUAACACUAACUUGAUCAUUGACUUGGUGAAAAAUAACUUGUCAACACAAAACAUAACUAUUAUCUUAAUAACUCAUAAUUUAGAAAUGAUGAAAAUUGCAAAUAGAGUAAUAAACAUAAAACAGGGUAAAGUAUUGGAAGGAUAG